AUGGCUACGGAAACAGUCCAAGCUACGACACAUGAUGGUGUUCACGGCCAGUUGAUCGCUUCCGAAUCGCAGACGAGGGUCGACGAGAAAGAGGGAGACCUUGGAACUUCCGCUGUGCCCGUGUCCCAGGCCUCAGAAAACCCGGAGACAAGGCAGCUGGGAAUCGCCUCUCGAAGCCUCAAAAUCGAUGAUUUUGAGCUCAUCAAGACGCUGGGAACCGGGACCUUUGCCCGGGUAUGGCUCACGCGCCUGAAAGACGGCAGCCAAAAUGACAAUCGAGUCUAUGCGUUGAAAGUCCUGCGCAAAGCUGACAUUAUCAAGCUCAAACAAGUCGAGCAUGUGCGCAACGAGCGUAAGACCCUCGCGGCUGUCGCCGGCCAUCCAUUCAUAACCACUCUGGUCACAACAUUUUCGGACGACCAAUGCCUGUACAUGGUGUUGGAGUAUUGCCCCGGGGGCGAGAUAUUUAGCUUUCUACGACGUGCACGACGGUUCAACAUGGCGACCUCGAGAUUUUAUGCUGCCGAGAUCACGCUCACGAUCGAGUAUCUGCACGAUGUUCAAGGCGUCGCGUACCGCGACCUCAAGCCCGAAAACAUCCUUCUCGACGCAGAUGGACACAUCAAACUGGUCGACUUUGGCUUUGCGAAGCAGGUGAACGAUCGCGAGACGUACACGCUCUGCGGGACACCCGAGUACCUCGCUCCGGAGGUGAUACACAACAGCGGCCACGGGCUGGCGGUGGAUUGGUGGGCGCUGGGGAUCCUGAUCUACGAGUUUCUGGUCGGCCAGCCGCCGUUUUGGGACCAGAACCCCAUGCGGAUCUACGAGCAGAUCGUCGAGGGACGUAUCCGGUAUCCGCCGAACAUGCCUCCGGCCGCCGUGAAUAUUGUCUCGCAGCUGUGCCAGACGAACCAGGCGGCGCGGCUGGGGCACAUCAUGGGCGGGGCCAGGAAAGUCAAGGAGCAUCCUUUCUUCGACGGGAUCAACUGGGAUGACCUGUACCACCGUCGAGUCAAGGGGCCCAUCAUUCCGCGGGUAGACCAUCCGGCCGACGCGGGCAAUUUCGAAGAAUACCCUCCGCCUCCGGAUCCGAGGACGCUGAGUAUCUACACGGAUGAGAUGAAGGAGAAGUACGAGCCGUUUUUCAGUGAUUUUUAG